GAAAGAACCAAAGCAACAGCUCCUGCUCUGCUACCUUCUUCCUCCACUUUCUCUCUCUCACCAUUUCCAUCUGCAUCUCCAUCUUCCAUCUCCAUUUUCCUUUUCUCCAUCAUCACUCCACCUCUCUUCACGUGACUCACGGAGUACCCUUCCAUUAGGGUUUCUUUCCACUCCAAUUUUCACUUCUUUCCACCGACAAACACCCUUGAUCCACCAAAUUCCAACCAGAUCCGACCAAUUGCCUCCGUUUCCUAACUUGUAUUGCUCUCUGAUGUCCUCCUUUAUCAUCAAUCAAUUGGUUUGCUUUUGAAACGAUUUUGACUUCCGUACGGGUGAGUCGACUAAUUUUUUACUUGUACUCUUGAGGUUGGAAAUUGGGAAUUGGAAUUUGGAAUUAAAGAGAGUAUUUGAUUUGGUUAGGUUUGAAUUCGACUACUUUUUGAGGGGUUUUUUUCUUCCUGUAACUGUUACUGGAUCUCUUGAUUUUUAAAGUAUUUAGGGUUCGUGAGGUUUAUAUAUUAAAUUGGAGGUGAUUUCAUGGGAAUUAGGUUGAUUUUUGUUUGAGUUACGGGACUCCAUAAUAUCGCAUUUGAAGAUGGAAUUGAGAGGCACAAAGUGUUAGGUUUUACAUACAAUUGAGUACGUUAUUGGGGAUUAAUGGUUGUUGAAAAGAUUAGGUAACAAAGAAAUGCCUGCUUCACCGGCGAUGAGAUAUUCUCCAGGGAGGGAACCAAGAGGUGAUAAUCACAAGAGAGGACGUAGUCUCGAGAAUGGAAUAGUUUUCAAAGAGAGAGAUGAUGAUCUUGCUUUAUUCAAUGAAGUGCAAACCAGAGAGAGGGAUGAUUUCUUGCUGCAGUCUAAUGAUGAUUUUGAAGACACUUUUGUGACCAAGUUGCGGCAUUUUUCGGAUCACAAGCUUGGAAUGAACAUUGCUUCUCGAGGAGAAAGCAGUGAUCUCCUUAAUACAGAAGAGGAAAAGAAUGAUUAUGAAUGGUUAAUAACUCCUCCUGAUACCCCUCUGUUUCCCUCGUUGGAUGAUGAGGCACCUCAAAUUAUUCUUGCACAGAGGGGUAGGCCUCGAACUCAACCCAUGUCUAUCUCGAGAUCAUCCACAAUGGAAAAGAGUCACAGAAGCAGUAGAGGUAGUCCAAGUCCAAAUCGCUUGAGCCCAUCUCCACGAUCUGGUAAUACCACCUUUCAACCUAGAGGUCGGGCAUCUUCAGGGCCUAGUUCUAGUCCACCGGCUACUCUAAGGCCUACUACUGGAUCGAGGAGACUAUCUCCCCCAUCAAGUAAACCGUCUUCACCAGCCCCACGGGAGUCUACACCAACUUCACGGAGAUUAAGCACAGGCUCCACUAGUACUAUGAGCCCUGGUGCAAGGGGUACUUCACCUGUCAAGACAAGUAGAGGAAACUCGGCUUCACCCAAGGUAAGGGCAUGGCAGGCCAACAUUCCUGGUUUUUCCACAGAAGCACCCCCAAAUCUCCGGACUUCUUUGGCUGAUCGGCCAGCGUCAUAUAUACGUGGGUCCUCACCAGCCUCAAGAAACGGAAGACAUUCAAAGUCACCCACUGCUUCUAGAAGCAUCAGCUCAUCUCAUAGUCAUGAUCGAGAUAGACUUAGCUCCCGCAGUAAAGGUUCAGUCACUUCUUCUGCUGACGAUGAAGUUGAAUCUCUUCCGUCUAUCACUCUCGACGGCCCAGAACGGUCAAAUUCAAGGAAAGUGAGCGGCUUUCGGAAUAAUAAAGCUCUUUUUUCCCAAAAGCCAAGCAGACCAAUUUCUUCUAGCUCUGCUCCAAAAAGAUCCUUUGACCUGGCACUUCGACAAAUGGAUCAUAGGAGAGGUCCUCAGAAUAUGUUCAGACCACUGCUCUCGAGUGUCCCUAGUUCAACCCUUUAUGCUGGCAAGGCAAGUCCCGCUUGGAAUUCUUCAGUAACGACUAGUAGUAAUGCAAGCUCUGAUCUAGAUAUGGGUGGCGCACAUGAUAUCGAAGAGAGUGAACUAAACCAGGAUGAUGCAACUAGUGGAUGUGUGAAGGUGCCACUGCCAGAUUCUAAUGUUGAUGAUGAAGUAUUUAUGUUCGAGAAAAGUGAAGACAUGGGGCAUGAAACCCAUGAUAUUUCACCGAGUGUUCAGCUUGAUUUCAGAGGGGACCUUACACUUCAUUCUCGACAAGAUGGCUUUGAAAGUCUUGUGGAACGUGAUAGUGCAACUUCUGUAGUUUCAGAUGAUUUCCCAGAAGUUAAGGAUAUGUUAAUUUGUUCUAGAUGUGGUUGUACGUACUCUGUUAUUAGACCAACAGAAGAGGAAAUUAAACUUUGUGCAAAUUGCCGAAAGUCAUAUUCAUCAAUGAGUAUAAGCGAUUCAUCAAUGAAUAUAAGCGAUACAGUGACAAGCGGAGUAACCAAGGGGACUUCCCAAGCAGAACCAGCUAUUUCAGACGAAGAUCAUGACUUAUUCAAAACAUUGAAGCCUGAAAUGAGACUAGUUGAGUCUCCAGAAGUGACUUCUAAGAUCGAUGCACACAAAGAUUUAGUUACUGAUGCAGAGCCAAUCUUGAACGUCGUAUCAGAAAGUUCUCUUUCUGAGUCCCGGUCUGAGGAACAAGAGCCAAUGCAAGUCAGCCAUCCAGUAAUUGGUCAACCAAGUAUUGACUUUGCGCGUUCGAAGGUGGACUUUAUAGGAGAAGGCAUUUCAACAGUGAUGAAAAGGUCAAGUAGCUUAAAGGGUCCUGUUUUCCGAAGUGGGAACUUUUCAGCCAGUAGCAUCUCGUAUGAUGAUCUUUCGUAUGUGAGGGGAAGUACAAAUAGCAUGAGAAGCUCUGUGGGACGCGGGAGUGUGUCUGCAUCAUCGUCUGUUGACUUUGGACCAGCUAUGCAUACCGACCCUCGUUUACACCGUCAAUUGAGUAGCAGGAAAUCUGACAUAGAAAAUCACAAGUAUCAACGUAGUGUAUCGUCUUUAUCUGGGACUUCUAGUCACGCUUUCCGUCCUUCAAGUGUUGGAACAAGCACACUUGAUUCAUUUGAGACAUCUAUCGUCCGUGGGGUGAAAGAUGUUGCCGCUGCUACUGCUGCAACUGUAGGUUCUCAAGAAAACUCGGGUGAAAAUGAAGAUGUGAAUAACGUUCGAGUGGAAAUUGCUUCAACCCCAGAACUGCCAACAAUCGGUCAAACAGCUCUUGAUUCACCUGAAUCUUCAAAUCUUGAAGAGCCUGCUUCGUUUCAGAAAGUGGAAGAGUCGGGAAAGGAUACUGAUGCUUUAACGGCUUGUACUUCUGAGGAAGAUACGAGUCUAGAUCCUUGUGUCGAGAGCAUUGAUGUUGCAGAAGUGCAACUGGGUGCCAUAUCAGAAGGAGAAGUUGGUCAUUCUUGUUCGUCUUCUCAUACUUCACAAGUUUCUGCCACGGAUUGCGAUACUUCAAAUCAUUCAAGCAGCAUUAUCGAGGAAUCUAUGGUUUUGGUCAAAGGCCAAGGGGGAAUAAAGGGUAGAAGCCUGACAUUAGAAGAAGCAACGGACACCAUACUCUUUUGCAGCUCGAUAGUUCAUAACUUAGCCUACGAGGCUGCAAGUAUAGCCAUCGAGAAAGAAACCCAACCCAACAACAAUGGUUCUUGGCCACUCGUUCCGGCUGUAGGAAAAGGUUACUCCGCUAGAAAAGAGGUUCAAAUCAGAAAAACAAGCAGCAAAGGGUCAUCAUCAAAGUCCCAAAAGGCGAGACAGAAAAAAGCAACGAAAGCAGCAGCAGCAGAAGUUCCUAACAACACAAAUAUCGGUGAGGAAACUGAUUUACCGAAACCCCGAAUUGUUUUUCCUAAUAACAAAGAAAACACCAAACCUCCAAAGCUAGAAUCUAAAUGCAACUGCAGAAUAAUGUGAGAGAGAAUUUAAUCAAGUAUUUGGGAGAAAUAUUGAACUUCUGAUUUUUGGGUUCCACUUGAUUUGAUUUGUGUAAGUAUUGUAAAGUUAAUUAGUAGGUUAGAGCUUAUGGGGGUUUCAAUCUUUAUUUUUUUGGCUUAGUGAUUUAUAUUUGGUAUUAUAUAUAUAUAUAUAGGACAGAGCACAACAGAGCAGAAAAGCCCUAAUUCUUUUUAGUAUUUGUGUUACUACUAAGCAUUAAAACAGUUGUUGAUUGUUGUUUGAAUGUGAAGAUUUGUUUCUGGCCUAUUUUGUAACUUGAUUGAUUGAUGAUUUUAAGGC